GUGCAGCGAAGGACACUGCGUUGGACACUGCAUCGCAGAUCUGCUCCGUUUACGAGGUUCCGAGAUUUUGGCGAUCCACGCCAUGUGCCAGCAGCUUUGGGAAACCAACCCGGAGAGCCGUUGGCUUGGCGCGACAAGUUCAUGUCUCAAUGCUCCUGCAGAUGCUCGCGCAGGCCAGUGACAUGCGCAUGGUGCAGGAGAGCGAUGUUUGCUAUCCCUGGCUUGGUGCAGGCCAGGGGGUUGUGCAGGGUGUAGGGCGGCGGCGAGGCUGGCUGAGUGCCACGCUCCUGUGUGUUUCGUGA